GUGACGUUUUGCUGCUUGGCUUUGGCUGCUUGGAACCAACAUCGCGAUGCGCGAACUAGUUUAUUUUAUUUAAUAAAUUACUAACAAAUGAAAUUGUUAGUGUAAAAAGUAUUAGAAUAUAAGUGUCUAUAUUUCAUUUUUUUAUUUUUUUUUGCAAUCAUAAUGUCUGAUAACGAGAAGACUGCGGACGCGCCAACUCAAGAAAAGAUCGAGUUUAAGAAGCCUGUACUUAUUGGUAGGAUAGGCCAAUUGCCUAAAAAAGCAAAAAAUGAACAAGAGAAACCUACAGAAUGCAAAAGUCAAGAACAAAGUAAGGAAAAUACUACGGAAUUGAAUCCAAAACAAUCUUUACCGCCUGCCGUGCUAUUGAAAGAAUUGUCUACACCUAUACCUUACAAAGAACCUAAAUGGUCGGGCUUGUGUCCUGAUGGCUCCGACUAUGGAUUAGAGGUGUUAAAAUCAGGUAUGAUAGUGGAAAAGAUUGAACUGACAAAUAAGCCAUAUUACGUAUUUGGAAGACUAGCCAACUGUGACGUUGUGAUGGCACAUCCUACCAUAUCCAGACACCAUGCAGUACUCCAAUACAAAGCAUUUGCAACGGACGGGGAGCCACCAUCCGGCUGGUAUAUCUAUGACCUCGGUAGUACACACGGAACAUUCCUCAAUAGAGAGAGGGUUAAAGAAAAUCACUACACGAGGGUUAGAGUCGGUCAUCAGAUCAAGUUUGGUUCGAGUACAAGAACAUUUAUAGUGUUGGGACCAGAUUUCGACGUCGAAGGCGAAUCAGAAUUAACAGUCACAGAAAUAAAGAAGAGAGCAGAGACUAUGAAAUUAGAGAAAGAGAGAAUGAUACAGGAGGCCAAGGAACAGAGAGAGAGGGAUAGAGCUGAAGAGGAGAAGAGAAGGGAGGAACAGGGGAUAGAUUGGGGGAUGGGUGAAGAUGCAGAAGAUGAACCAGACCUAGCAGAGAACCCGUACGCAUCGACUGCUAACGAGGAGCUGUACCUCGAGGACCCCAAGAAGACCCUCCGGGGGUACUUCGAGAGGGAAGGGUACGAUCUCGUGUAUGACUGUGAGGAGAGGGGUGUGGGGCAGUUCCUUUGUAGGGUAGAACUCCCCAUGGAGGAGACAUCAGGUCGGCCGAUAACCGCGGAGGUUCUCCAUCGUGGUAAGAAGAAGGAAGCGGUGAUAGCCUGCGCGCUGGAGGCGUGCAGGAUACUGGACCGAGCUGGUCUGCUGAGGCAGGCGAAACACGAACCCCGUCGCCGCAAACGUCGCGACUGGAGCGCGGACGACUACUACGACUCCGACGACGACACGUUCCUGGACCGCACCGGCAGCGUGGAGAGCAAGCGGCGCGCGCGCAUGGAGAGGCACGGCGCGGCUGCCAUGGAGGACAGCAGGCCUCUCACCUACGACGACCUGCUCGAACAAAUUACCCAAAUCGAAAGCAAGAUAGCUUCAGAAGAGAAGUCAUUAGAGCGUCUCAGAGCUACGAACAAACCGACAAAAGAUACAAAAGGAGAUGAAGACACUCUGGACGAAUUCAUGAACAGUUUGGGCAAACAGGGACAAAGUAUGGCACAAAAGACUGAGAUAUCUAAAACUAAGAUGAGCAUACAAAAGCUCAAAGCAGAGUUAUCAAAGACACAACGAUUAGCAGAGCUAGCGAGACCCGCGCACGCGCCGCCGUUAAUUAAAAAGGAUGAAAGCAAGAUGGCAGUCAAACAGACUAAUUCAGUGAUUUAUGGGAAGAGGAUAAGAUUAAAAGACGACAUAGAGAAACGACCAAAAGUCCAAAAGCAAGUAAAACAAGAAGAAGAAUUUGUCGAGGAAAUGGACUCGGACGAUGAGCCAGAACCUGCAAAGAAUCAAGAAACGGAAGAACCAAGUACAAUUGACAAGACAGAGAGAAAAAUGGUAAAAACACAGGCGGAGAGAAAGAUGUAUGGUCCGAUGAGACCUCCAGAGAACUAUGUUGUACCUGAAAAUUACUUUGAUCAAGAAACUGAUCGGGACCUUCCAGAAAUAGAAGAGAAAGAUGUAGAAGAUUAAUAAAUAUGUGAUUUUUA